GUCCCCGCGCGGUCCCCGCGCUCUGCUCCAACCACCGACUUCCAGUCCUGGGCGGGCACUUGCCGCCUUUCUUCUCUGUGCGCCCGGGCCACCAUGGAUGACAACUCCCUCCUCGCGGUGCCAAGCAACUUGGAGUGUCCGCUGAUGCAGGUUUUAGCAGCACAACCCGGGAGUGCCAGCAGCAGCUCGGCCAGCAGCCUGGGGAACUCCAUCACAGCCUGUAAGAAGGUUCUGCGCAGUAGUAGCUUGCUGGAGUCCACAGAUUACUGGCUGCAAAAUCAGAGGACCCCCUGCCAGAUUGGCUUUGUAGAAGACAAGUCUGAGAACUGCGCUUCUGUCUGCUUUGUGAAUUUGGAUGUGGACAAGGAUGCAUGCAGCACAGAGCACCUACAGCAGAAAUUGGUCAAUGUUUCACCAGAACUUCCAAAACUUAUUAACUCCAUGAAUGUUCAACAGCCAAAAGAAAAUGAAAUUGUCCUCUUAAGUGGGUUAACCUCUGGAAAUCUCCAGGCUGAUUUUGAAGUUUCACAGUGUCCUUGGCUGCCAGAUAUCUGCUUGGUCCAGUGUGCAAGAGGGAACAGAGCAAACAGUACCAAUUGCAUCAUCUUCGAAAUCAACAAAUUUUUGAUCGGUUUGGAACUGGUACAGGAGCGACAGCUCCACCUGGAAACCAAAGUCUUGAAAGUGGAGGACGACACAAACUGUUCCUUGUCUUCAAUCGAGGAAGACUUUCUCACUGCCUCUGAGUACUUGGAGGGGGAAAGCGAGGUGGAAGAAUACAGGAAUGGUUAUGAAAACAUAAACAUCUCUACCAAUGCUUUGGAAAGUAAAAAGCGGAAGGAACCUCCCCAAGAGGAAUGGGACUACAGCAAGGAAAAGUUGCCUUAUGCUUUGGAAGACAAAUACAUGAGAAAAUAUCACAAACCCAUGAUUAUAAAAGAAGGAUCUUUGGACAAAAGACCAGGAGAGAGAGGCCUGCAGAGGUUGGAUCUCUCAGCCAGGUCAACAGAGGGAAAAGAGGAAAGUGCAGAGAAGGAGAAACUUCUCACAAAGUCUCAUUUUUCUGAAAAUUUAAUAGGUCCAGUGAAAAAAUCGCAGACACAAUCUACUCCAGGGGAUGCUUCUUUCUCCAGAAUGGUUAAGAAAGAUGAACCUUCUGCAUGGGGGUCUGUGUCUGUGUGUGGAAACAGCUCAGGCCCUGGAACCUGUGAAGAGGGAAACCAAGUUCUUCUUCCUGAACAAGAUGGAAAAGCCACAACUGGCGAGUAUGCUACAAAUUUAGCGGAAUCUGUACUGCAAGACGCAUUUAUUAGAUUAUCACAGUCUCAACCCACAGGACUCCAGGAAUCUGCCCUGAGUGUAGGAAAUGCCCUGCUACCCAGCAGCUGUUCUACAAAAGACAUCAUGAUCCCUCGCUCUUGGAAUGAACUGCCCAAAAUCGUCAUUGUUCAGAGUCCAGAUGGCAGCGACACUGCCCCUGAGGUGGGAAGCUCCUCGUGGUCCGAAAUGGAAGUCUCUAUGGAGACGACAGGUGUCCUUUCUGGAGACAACCCCAGCCGACCCCCUCAGAGUGCUCUUGAAGUAGCAUUAGCUUGUGCCGCCACUGUGAUCGGAACCAUCUCCAGCCCACAGGCCACUGAAAGACUCAAAAUGGAGCAAGAAUCCCUGGUUAUAGACGACCCACAGAGUGAUGUUGAACUGCUGCCGACUCAGCCUUCACACGUGUUCCAGGAACCUUCUGUCAGCGAAUACUCAUUUCCAUCUGCUUUGUGUGGAAUGACCCAGGUGGCGAGUGCUGUCGCCGUUUGUGGCCUGGGGGAGACAGGAGAGGGUCAGUGUCCCAUGGCCUCCACUGACCACCUUGCUGCUCCGCCAUCUGCAGUGAUCCCCUCACUGUGUAGUCUGGCUACAGAACAGAGCACAGAGCUGGGGAAUGCAGAGGCCAUUGCAGAGGCCUUGUUCAAGGAGGCCACUCGGGUUUUAACAAAGCCUCAGGCAUAUAGCAACAUCGGGGACCUCAUGGAAUCAGUGGCCAAGAGAAUUACCGAGACCCCUUCAAAGCCUCAGCCCCUGCACUCAGAUAGUGACUUUGGUAGGGAACUGGCACAGAGCCUGUCCAAUGUUAUCCUGAAGCACUCCAUUGAGGAAGUUCACCAGAAAAGUAGGAUGACGGAGGCCAAGGAUUCAUCUGAGGCUCUAGACACCCUCCAGGAAGUGACAAACCAACUCCUCUUCAAUGUGGUAUGCUUCACGUUCAAGAAGAUGAGCAACAUCAUGCAGAGUGGUACCUGCCCCACUGUUCUUUGCAAGGAGAUCAUCGGUUGGAAAGAAACAGAACCAAGUUGCCAGCCCAUUUCUCAAGGUGCUAGUCGGGUAGGGGCAAACGUCAUGGAAUACUCUAGUGCCCAUCCAGUUAGCAUUCUGCAGAGCCCUGAUCUUGCUCUCGAUGGUCCCGUGGAUGACAUGCAUCCCAGACAAGACACUAGGGGUCAAGUGAAGCCAGGCCACUUUAAGAACCCCAAAUUGCAACCAGAUUUGUCAGGUAGUAACAGAGCGUCAGAUUCUUCGACUGCUAAGACAGCCCACCAGGAACCAUAUCUGAAAGGCAUGGGAAGGAGGGAUUCAAGAACCCAUCCUCUGCCGCCCAAUCCCCAUGGGAAUGAAGUCGGAGCCCCGGCAGAGGGCGAGGGGUCACCCACACCUAUGGUCAAAGGCGGUGUCAGUCAAGCAGCUCAAGAAAAGCGCAACUGUGGUUCCCCGCUCCAUCACGACAUUCAAGUCAACUUGCCUCUGUUAGGGAGUGACUUGCGCCUUCCUGCCCCGGUCGCCCUGGCGACGAAGCACACGGACCUCUACUGCAUUGCCGACUUUGCAGAAGAGUUAGCAGAGACCAUCGUCUCUAUGGCAACCGAGAUUGCAGCCAUCUGCCUGGACAACUCCAACGGCAAGCAACCCUGGUUUUGCGCCUGGAGAAGACGGAACGAGAGUCUGGGGAGUUCCAGUGUCUCCUGCCGGUCGCUGAAGAGGAAGAAGGAAAGCCAGGCAGGCGGUGGGGCCACGGUGAGGAAGCACAAGCCCCCACGCCUGAGCGAGAUUAAGAGGAAGACGGAUGAGCACCCGGAGCUCAAAGAGAAGCUGAUGAACCGGGUGGUGGACGAGUCCGUGAACCUCGAGGACGUCCCGGACUCCGUGAAUAUCUUUGCCAGCGAAGUGGCAGCCAAGAUCAUGACUCUCCCAGAGUUCUCCCCGGUGGAGGGGGUCUGGCCAGGCCAGGGCCACCCUCGCCCGCGCUUGCUCAGUGGGGACCGCUGGAGCCGUCUCAAGGCGUCCAGCUGCGAGAGCAUCCCCGAGGAGGACCCGCGGGUGCGGACGCCCCUCGGCAGCCCGGGCUUCAUGAGCACCCUCAGUCAGCCCGUGAGCAGGGCCAGCUCCAUGUCCAAGCAAUCGAGCUGUGAGAGCAUCAGUGAGGAGUUCUCACGCUUCAUGGUGAACCAGAUGGAGAGCGAGGGCCGGGGCUUCGAGCUGCUGCUGGACUAUUAUGCGGGCAAGAAUGCCAGCAGCAUCGUGCAGGCUGCCGUGCAGCAGGCCUGCCGCCGCACUGAGCACCUAAGCGUGCGACCCGGCUGCGCGUCCAAGCAGUCAAGCACCGAGAGCAUCACGGAGGAGUUUUACCGCUACAUGCUGCGAGACCUGGACCGCGAUGCUAAGGACGCCAACGCCUCCUCCCGCAGGACCAGCCGCGACUGGACGGCCAGCCUGCUGGCCCCCACUCUGCGAUCGCCGCUGGGUUACAGGCAGUCAUCGGUGCCCGACAGCCGGACCCUGGACCCCAGGCUGACGGCCAACGCGCCCAUCAAAGCCAAUUCCCUGGACGGCUUUGCGCCCAACGGCCAGCAGGAUUUCCUUUGCGUGCAACCCGUCAGCGGCUCUUCCUCGGACUCGUGCCUGUACCGGAGAGGAGGCGCGGACCAGAUCACCACUAUGCUCAUCCACGAGACGUGGGCCAACUCCAUCGAGGCUCUCAUGCGCAAGAACAAGAUUAUCGUGGAUGAGGCAGAGGGAGCUGCGGACGCUGAUCCAGGCUCCCCUGGGCAGGGGGCAUCAGGGGCUCCUAGAUUGCCUUCGGCCUUAGUGCGCAGAGGGCCAACGCUUCUUGUGCAGGAGACCCGGGAUCCCCCGAGGAAAGACUCUCUUACUGGAAGCCCCCAUCCUCCCCUGACCUCUACCGGCAAUGUCCCGGGCCCUGCCGACCCCAAGGAUUCCAGAAAGGAACCUGUAUCCUGCCACCAGGCGGUCCCCCGGGGUCAGCCCCGGCGAUCACUUUGUUCCAUGGAAGUGCCCCUGAUCCAGAUUGAACCCCACCAGAAGGAAGAGUGUGUUGGAGAGCCCGAACCCCUCCUACCGCCCAAAGACAGCCCACCGGAGAAAGCUGAACAAUCCAAUGAACAGCUAGGCGCUGCCUGGCCAGCCGCCAGCCUGGAUACCAGAGAUGUCCCAGAGGUUGAAGUCGCAACAGAAGGCAGAGGCCCCGACGAGUUUCCCAGCACCCUGGGCAGCAGUGGGGAGAGUACUGACAGCUGGUCCCAGCUUGCCAAUGAAGAGGACAACCCGGAUGACACAAGUAGCUUUCUGCAGCUCAGUGAGCGAUCCAUGAGCAAUGGCAACAGUAGUGCCACUAGCAGUCUUGGCAUUAUGGACUUGGACAUUUAUCAGGAAAACAUGCCAUCUUCUCCCAUGAUUAAUGAUUUAGUAGAAGACAAGGAGAUUCUUAAAGGACAGUCACAGCACAUAGAGGAACAUGCCCCUGGACUCCCAGUGGGAGCAGCCAGCCGCCAGGGCAGCCUGCUGGUCAUCAACUUUGACCUGGAGCCAGAGUGUCCUGACGCUGAGCUUCGAGCCACUCUGCAAUGGAUAGCUGCCUCCGAACUUGGGAUUCCUACCAUCUACUUUAAGAAAUCUCAGGAAAACAGAAUCGAAAAGUUUCUAGAUGUCGUGCGGCUGGUUCAUCAGAAGUCCUGGAAAGUGGGGGAUAUCUUUCAUGCAGUUGUCCAGUACUGCAAAAUGCAUGAGGAGCAGGAGGAAAGGAUCCCAAGUCUCUUUGAUUGGCUCUUAGAACUGGGAUAAAACAACUAUGCCCUGUAGGGUAUUCUUUUCUUUAAUCCACCUUAGAUUACAGUGGUUUGCUCGAAAUUUUCUCAAAACAUCUCAUCACAUUAGCAGAGCUAUUAAAAAAAUGAACAAACAAAAUCUGCUGCUCAAGUCUCUCACACAUGGAAAAAUCUGAAGACAAUAAAGUGAUAGGUCUUUAUAGAACCAUAGAAAUGGUAGAAGAGUUCAAAAGAGUUUGUAUUAGAUUGACUGGCUGAAAAAAUAGAAACUUUAAUGGGGUUCAAAUUCAGAGCAUAUAACUAGUCCUAAAUUCCAGGAACCUGCAUUUACAUAUUUUUACAUCUUUUUAAUAAUAUAAAAUAAUGCAAUGUCUUGAAUUUUUGUGAAUCAGUUGAAAACAAAGUGACUCAUCAAAAUAAUUUUAUAAAUUAUACUGAGACCUUUGUUUUACCCUUCUGAACAGUUGAGUCCAGGAAAAUAUGGAUUAAAAAGUUUCCAGAAAUAUGAGAUUCA